GGGGCGGAGCGUAGGGUGGGGAGCCUGUGGGGGGCCGUGUUAUUGCUUCGCUUUCUGGCUCCAGCCGCUUCCUUUCUUCGUCCCGGGGCUUGGACCCUCAGCGCCGACAGAUUAGCAGAUGGCGGCACAAUGUGUAACAAAGGUGGAGCUGACCAUCUCCUGCAACAAUCUCCUGGAUAAAGAUGUUGGUUCAAAGUCAGACCCUCUGUGUGUACUUCUCCAUAAUACAAGUGGGCAGCAAUGGUAUGAGGUUGAUCGCACAGAAAGGGUUAAGAAUUCCUUGAACCCAAAGUUCGCCAAGAGGUUCCUAAUUGAUUACUACUUUGAACUGGUUCAGAAGUUUAAAUUUGGGAUUUAUGACAUUGACAACAAAACCAUUGAUCUAAGUGAUGAUGACUUCCUGGGAGAAUUUGAAUGCACUCUGGGACAAAUUGUCUCCAGCAAGACGUUGACAAGACCAUUAAUGUUUAAAAAUGGUAAACCUGCAGGGAAAGGAAGCAUUACGAUUACAGCAGAAGAAGUAAAAGAUAACAGGGUGGUCUUAUUCGAAAUAGAAGCAAGGAAACUAGAGAAUAAGGAUUUUUUUGGAAAGUCAGACCCUUUCUUGGAGUUCCACAAGCAGACCUCGGAAGGGAACUGGGUGAUGGUUCACAGAACUGAGGUUAUAAAAAACAACUUGAAUCCGGUCUGGAAGCCCUUUAAAAUACCCCUCAAUUCUCUGUGUUACAGUGAUAUGGAUAAAACAAUCAAGGUAGAGUGCUAUGAUUAUGACAAUGAUGGGUCUCAUGAUCUCAUCGGGAGUUUUCUAACCACAAUGUCAAAACUGAAGGAAGCUUCUCGAUCCUCACCGGCUGAAUUUGAAUGUGUCAAUGAGAAGAAGAGACAAAAGAAGAAAAGCUACAAAAAUUCUGGUGUCGUGAGUGUGAAACACUGUGAGAUUAUAGUGGAAUGCACAUUCCUUGAUUACAUCAUGGGAGGAUGUCAGCUGAAUUUCACUGUGGGGAUAGAUUUUACUGGCUCCAAUGGGGACCCUCGCUCACCAGACUCUCUACAUUUCAUCAGCCCUAAUGGGGUUAACGAAUACCUGACAGCCAUUUGGUCUGUAGGAAUGGUCAUUCAGGACUAUGAUGCAGAUAAAAUGUUUCCAGCCUUUGGAUUUGGUGCACAGAUUCCACCUUCCUUUCAGGUAUCUCAUGAGUUUCCAUUAAACUUUAACCCAUCAAACCCAUUCUGCACUGGAAUCCAAGGCAUUAUUGAUGCAUACCGGGCCUGCCUUCCUCAAAUAAAAUUAUAUGGGCCAACUAAUUUUUCUCCAAUAAUAAACCAUGUGGCUAAAUUUGCUGGUGCAGCUGCACAGCAACAGACAGCAUCACAAUAUUUUGUGCUCCUUAUCAUCACGGAUGGUGUGAUAACAGACCUUGAUGCAACCAGAUCUGCCAUAGUUAAUGCCGCAAAGCUUCCUAUGUCCAUUAUCAUUGUUGGCGUUGGAGGAGCUGAUUUCAGUGCCAUGGAGUUUCUUGAUGGUGACAAUGGAAGUCUCAGGUCCCCAACUGGAGAGCCAGCCAUCAGAGACAUUGUCCAGUUUGUGCCAUUUAGGCAGUUCCAAAGUGCUCCCAAAGAAGCUCUGUCUCAGUGUGUCCUGGCAGAAGUGCCUCAGCAAGUGGUAAACUACUUCAGCACGUACAAACUGCAGCCUCCCAAGAAUCCUGCCGCAAAGUGAGAGAGCACUGAGUGGGAGAGGCGAGUGAGGCUAACCCAGUUGGGAUUCGUGCAACUUCCGCAUGUCAAUGGACUUGGAUCUUGACUUUUUUUUUUAUUUGUAUAUUGAUUCAUACAUGUUAAUGUCUGUUUUGCUUUUGCAUGGAAACAGGCACUUUGCCAGAUUUUUUUUUUUUUUUUUUUUACUUGAGACAAAGAUGUGUCCCUGCUUAUUGAUAAAGGCCUCAGCUGGGCAAAUUUGGUAGAAAAUAACAUUUCAAGAAGUAAGCUGAAUAUAAAAAUUUAUGAACAGACUGUGCCAAGUUGUUGGGUGUGGUGCUGCUGCUUUGUGCUGCAGGGCUGAUGUAAUAAGGUCAUCAAGCUGGCUGAACUGCUCCAGGGAGAAUCACCCAAUGUGCCAUGGUUCUUCAGUAUUGUAGAGCUGAUGUAGCAGGGAGUGUCUACAGCGGGGUGGGCAAACGUUUUGGCCCAAAGGCCACAUUGGGGUUGCAAAACUGUAUGGAGGGCCGGGUAGGGAAGGCUGUGCCUCUUCAAACAGCCUGGCCCCCACCCCCUAUCCGCCCCCUCCCACUUCCUGCCCCCUGACUGCCCCCCUCAGAAUCCCCGACCCAUCCAACUCCCCCUGCUCCUUGUCCCCUGACCACCCCCUCCUAGGACCUCCGCCCCAACUGCCCCCCUGGAAUCCCACCCCCGUUCCAAUCUCCCUGUCCCCUGACUGCCCCGACCCCUAUCCACACCCCCGCCCCUGACAGGCCCUCCGGGACUCCCACACUUAUCCAACCCUCCCUGUUCCCCAACCCUCCCUGUUCCCCAGCCCCUGACCGCCCCAGAACCUCUGCCCCAUCCAACCACCCCCUGCUCCCUGUCCGCCCCCCGGAAACCUCCACCCCUUAUCUAACCCCCCGGCCCCGGCUCCCUUACCAUGCUGCUCAGAGCAGCAUGUCCGGCAGCUGCGCCACCCGGCUGGAGCUAGACAUGCUGACGCUCUGCUCGGCAGGAGCGUGCCAUUCCACUGCCCAGAGCACUGCCCUUGCAGCGGCAUGGCUGCGGGGGAGGUUGACAGCAGGGGAGGGGCCAGGGACUAGCCUGCCCGGCCCUUGAGUUCCCGGCCAGGGAGGACAGUCGCAUGGGCCGGAUGUAGCCCGCGGGCUGUAGUUUGCCCACCUCUGGUCUACAGAGAAGGUAUAUGGCUGGGAUAUGUACUUAUUUUUUCUAGCCUGGGCUACUUUUCAGGACCCUGUGACUGUUACAGGCUGGCAUAUGUUACAGCACCCAUAACACACAGUGUUCAGCACCAGAAUUGGAGCAGUGCAAAAGCAGAGCUUUAAAGACACUUUUCACACCACCUCCUGACUUGCACCUUUAGUUCCUCUUGGUCAUACCUGGGAAUCUGGACCAUCUCUCAAUAUUAAUAAAAUGGAUGACACAGUAGACACAAGCUUCAUUCAGUUUAAGAAACUGUGUAAGUCUUACAGAUGCUGCCAACUGCUUUUAAUCAAGGUAGCCAUCUAAAUUAUUCCAAAAAACACUGUUGGCCUUCAGUGCAGAUUCUGUAGAGUUUUAAGAUUUAUAUGACAAUAUACUGUGCUGGAAAACUGCAAAUGCAAAUCACUUUAUGCAAAGCUAUCACAUGUGACUAUUAAUUGACCUUGGUGGUUAAUAGUACACAUUCCAUUGCUAAAGAGGAAAACAAAAUUUUUCACUCUUUAAUUUUUAAGUUGCUUUAUAUAUUUUUUGUAAUUGUAUCUUCUCAUACGGAGAGAGCUUUUGAAAGGACUACAGAAUGUGCCAUUUUAACCUGUUUUGUGCAGGUCUUUGGAUGCCCCCUAGUUCGCUUUAUAGUGAGUGAUCUUUUAUUUUUAUGGCAGUAGUUUCUUAGCUACGUUGUAUUAGUGGUGACCUGCAAUUAAUUUUUUUAAAAAUUUGCUUUGUGCCUUUUUUGUUUGCUCAUGGUAUACUUAGAAGGCUGAAAAAAUCUUAGAAAAAAACUUCUCUGCUUGCCUUUUUUUAAUCUUUACAUCAUGGAUAUCAAGCCUGGUCUUCCUUGGUUUUACUGGAGGACUACUGGGAAGUCUCUGUAUAUUGUGACCUCUCAUCUUAGUAGAAGGGGUGGGGAUUUGAAUUAUUAAUAUCCUCCCAUUCUUUUCAAGCAUCAAUUCGGCAUUGGUGUUAACAAACACUGACGAGUUUUAAACUAACUAUAAAUCUUGACUCAGCUUUCACUGUCUUGUCUCUUGUGAUGUGUUAAUUUUAUUAGUUCUCCAAUUGCAGUAGGGCAGAGAAAACUAGAAUUUCUAAGGUCAGACACUAGAAGGGGAACUUUAAUAAAAAAAAAAACAAAAAAAAAACCACCCUUUCAGGCCUGUAGUUACAACUUAGAAGCAAAAAAGGCACAAGGCUCUUUCCUUUGCAGAUUAUUUUUAUGGAUGCUGUUCUGCAGCUACUCAAGUGCAUCACUCCCAUUGACUUCCAUAGGAGUCCUAUGUGCAAGGUCACUGCAGAAUCAGACACUGAAUUUGGAAUUCUUUCUUUGUUUGUGCUUACUGUAUUCACCAGUGCAGAUCUCUCUCUCACGUGCUCAACUCCUGGCUUGCUGAAUCCUACCGCACUACAGUGUCAUACCUAGGCCACAGUAGCUGUUGAUGGGGGUUUUCCCCCCCAAAGAACUUUUAUUUUUUUUAAAUAAUGUACCUUAGGGAAGACUCCCCAUCCCAGCACAUAAUCCUGUUAAGUUUUAUUGCUGUUCUUGAGUCCUCUCUCUUUUUUGGUUGGAUCUUUUUCACUGGCAUUUGCCUUGCAGAAUUUAAAGAAACUGGAAAUUCUGUCUCUCUAGUGGGCAGCUCAAACUUUCCAGGCUGUAGCUCUUGAACUCUUACUUGAACUCUUAUCGUCCCUUUUUUUCCCAUAUUCCACUUAUAUCCUGGGUCACUGGCACAGCAACUGCUUCUGAUCCUACCUGUGUGUAUAAUACACACUGUAAAUAAUGCAGAUUUUUUUGCUCAUUUCCUAAAUGUGUCUGAUGAACAUUUUAAUUCUGCAUUUGAAGUGGAUUAGAUUGGGAAACAAUCUGAUUGGCUGACAAGGGUUCUAAGUUGUAUAAUCAUGAUAAACUAGAACCAUAUGGGCUAGAAUAACUUUCCAAAGCAUUACAGUAGCCAUUCUAUGCACUCAAUAGAAUAUUCGGUUGUAGUAGAUUAGUGUAAAUAUAUGCCUUCAUUACAUGCUGAAACCUCUAGGUUUUGGCUACCUUCUCUGCUAUAUGCGGAUACCAUCAAAAAUCUGUUUGUAUUGUUGACUUAGAUGGACUAUUGUGAUAGCCCUAUGAUGCUGUUUUAUGGGUUGUAGAUAGUCAAGUAAAAUGUUAGUGAAUAUAAUUGAAGCCAUAUGACUCUUGUUUUGUUUUUUCCCCUCGGAUGUUCCCAAAUAGCUUAAAUAAUUGAAAUAAUUCAUAUCAAGUCAAGUUCUAACUUUCUAUUUUAAUCUAAUUUGAUUUUUUUGUUUACAGAUGAAGAAAUUAGAUACAGAAUCAUUCUUUACGUCAGAGAAAUGCAAGUGUUCCCACUUUAUAAGUACAGUAAAAUCAUUAAUCGCUGUGCCUCAGACACAAAGAAUUGAGAGCAGGGAACCCAGGGUGUCACAGCUGCAAAUUGAUAGCAGACUUAUUCACAGCAGUAAACUACUGUAAUUCCAAAUGUGCCAUUUUAAAAAGAGAGAACAAGGUGUGGCAUUAAUUCAUUAUCUAGAAUAACUGAAACGUAUGCUCAUGAAUGGGAUCCUUUGGCGAUCCUCUCCACUGUGUACCAGAAUGAUUAUGAAGUGGAUUCUUCUGAACUUAGGGGUAGUAUGCAGUAGCAUUUAAGAAUGGUACUGGAUACUGUUACAUAUAGGUAACCGAUUUUUAGAUAACCUCUGUUUAUAUAUGGAAUACAUCCAAUAGACCAUAUAAACAGUUAAGACUACACAUAUGCGCUUUCAUACUUUCUGCAAUAGAGAACGCAUAGUAUUUUGUUUGGCAAGCCCUCCUGCCCUCUGACUUCUUCAUGCUAGAGAAUGUACUAAUGACACUUAAUUGUCAGACUGUAUUUGAAAGAGCUAUGCUGGAUUUGCACACAACCCCAACCUCUCCUUCUCUCAGGACUUCAGUACAUAUCUCUGCUAUGUGUCUUUUUCUCAUUGUUGCAAGACCGGCCACCCUCUGGUUCUUGAGCUAACUUAAUUGUCUUUUUCUUCUUCUUCUUCAUAUAUUUAAAAAAAAAAUCCAAACAUAACUACAUGUGGCUUUUUCUGCCUGAAAAAGAAGGUAGUGUAGAACUGAAGGUGUUAAAGUGAAGUAAUGUUUCAAGGGGGGAAUACAUCAUCAGUUUUUCUAAUUUUAAAUGUAACAAAUGCCUUGGACUAAUGUUGACAAAUCUAACUGUAGCUGUACUUAAUUUUCUGCUUUUCAGUAGGAACAUGCUUGCAGCUUGCUAGCACCACCUUGUGGUAAAAGUUUUGUAUAGCAGUCUUCAUAAUCUAAGAAGGUAGAUAUGCUUUUUCCCCUUUGUUUGCUAAUACUGUAUAUGCAUGUGUAUGGUAGAGAAAUAUCUUUAUGACCAGACUUCAAAAAAAAUUCCUUAUAUAUUUGUGAUUAAUCUAAUUGAUGGAACAAGUAGAUUUUGAUGCCAUAUGACCGAAUUCAUUAAAACUGCAAACUUCGAUAUA